AUGCCCACCGCGGCGCCCGGGGGGCCCUGGGCCGCGUCCGCCCCCAACGCCACGGCGGCCGGGAGCAACGGCAGCGGGGCGGAGACGCCGCUGUUCCAGCGGUUCGCGGCGCUGGACGAGGAGCUGCACGCCGCCUUCCCGCGCCUGUGGCUGGCGCUGAUGGCGGCGCACGGCGCCAUCUUCCUGGCCGGGCUGGCGCUCAACGGGCUGGCGCUGUUGUUCUGCUGCCGCACGCGCGCCGCCACGCCCUCGGUGACCUACACCCUCAACCUGGUGGUGACGGACCCUGUGGGCCUGUCGCUGCCCGCGCGCUUCGCCGUCUUCUACGGCGCCCGGGCUGCGCGCGCUGCGCCUUUCCCGCACGUCUUCGGCUACUUCCUCAACAUGCACUGCUCCGCCCUCUUCCUCACCUGCAUCUGCGUGGACCGCUACCUGGCCAUCGUGCGGCCCGACGGCGCCCGCCGCUGCCGCCGGCCGGCCCCGGCGCGGGCGGCGUGCGCGGCGGUGUGGCUGGCGGCGGGCGCGGUGACGCUGGCGGCGCUGGGCGCGGCGGCGGGCCCGCGGCCCCGGGCCCGGCUGCUGGCGCUCACCGCGCUGGCCUUCCUGCUGCCGCUGCUGGCGCUGGCCGCCUUCACGGGCCGCGCGGUGUGCGCGCUCUCCCGGCGCCUGCCGCGCCAGGGCCGCCGGCGCCGCGUGCGUGCCGUGCAGCUGCUGCUCACCGUGCUCCUCAUCUUCCUCGUCUGCUUCACGCCCUUCCACGCCCGCCAGGUGGCCGUGGCUUGGCCCGGCGUGCCGCGCCCCGCCAGCCUGGUGCUCUACCACGUGGCCGUGACCCUCAGCAGCCUCAACAGCUGCCUGGACCCCAUCGUCUACUGCUUCGUCACCAGCGGCUUCCGGGCCGCCGUCCGCGGCCUCUUCCGCCGCGGCGGCCGGGCGGGCGGCGGCGCGGGGCCGGAGCCCGGCGGCGGGGACGCCGCCGUGGGCGUGCACCCCGGCUCCGGCUCCCGGCUCCGGCUCGGCGCUGGCCCUCCCGCCCUCGCCCAGCCCGUGACCCAUGGGCCCGAGCCCUAG